CUAUAUAUAAACCCCUAUUCACAAAAAACACAUACAUCUCUUCUUAUAUUGUACACACUGCUCUCCAAACACAUAUAUCAUUGAAAAAUGUCGCUCUCCCUGGAAAAAUCCUCUAUUUCUCUAUUACUCUUACUAUUUUUCGCCAUCACCACCACCUCCUCUGCCCACAAUAUCACUCGUAUACUCGCCAAACACCCAGAAUUCUCGACCUUUAACCAAUACUUAACCCUAACUCACUUAGCUUCAGAGAUCAAUCGUCGAUUAACCAUCACCGUUUGCGCGGUCGAUAACGCCGCCAUGGAUGAUCUUCUUGAUAAACAUAUGUCCAUUUAUACUCUCAAGAAUGUCCUUUCUUUUCAUGUUUUUGCAGAUUACUUUGGUUCCAAACAACUUCAUAGGAUUACUAAGGGAACAACCCUAACUGCUACACUUUUUCAAGCCACAGGUGAGGCUCCUGGAACAUCAGGGUACGUCAACAUUACGAACCUAAAAGGUAAGAAAGUGGGGUUCGCCACAGAAGACAACGACGGUCAUUUCUCAGCCAAUUUCGUUAAGUCUGUUCAAGAAAUCCCUUACAACAUCUCCGUCAUACAAAUCAGCAACAUAAUCACAUCAGCCGCCGCCGAAGCUCCGGUGGCUGCUCCUGCAGACGUUGAUUUAAUUGAUUUAAUGUCCAAAAAAGGCUGCAAAGAAUUCGCAAAACUUUUACAAAAUUCAAAAAUUACAAAACAAUUUACUGAUCUUGUGGAAAAUGGCCUAACAGUUUUUUGCCCAAUUGAUAAAGUUGUUAACUCCUUUUUACCUAAGUACAAAAAUUUAACAAAAAAUGGCCAAAUUUCUUUACUUUUAUACCAUGGUAUACCAGAUUAUCACUCUUUAGGUAUGUUAAGGUCUAAAAAUGGGUUUAUAAAUACUAUGGCAACAACAAAUGGAAAAAAUAAUAAAUAUGAUUUUUCAGUAAAAAAUGAUGGAGAUAAUGUAAAAUUGGAAACUAGUAUUGUGACAGCAAAAAUUACUGAAACUUUAUUAGACGAGGAACCAUUAGCAGUUUACAAAAUUGAUAAAGUUUUGCAACCAAGUGAAUUAUUUAAGGCACAAUCUAUUAACUCUGACGAUACUGCACCCGAGCCAAGCUCGGGCAACGAUGAUGGUGACAGCAACAGCGACAGCGACGAUUCAACGAAUAAUAAUAAUGGUGCUAUGAUUAUGAGUGUCAAUAGUGGUUGGUUGAUAACAUUUUUUUUAAGUAUUGGUUUGGUAUUUGUUUGAAUAAAUUAGUUUGUGGUUUUUGGCAUGCAACAUUAUUUGAUUGUAUAUUGUAUGAAAAAUGACCUCUAAGUUUGCAUUUGGUAUAA